AGAAGAGCGAGGAUGAUGAGAUAGACGGGCGAAGUGCAGCCUAAUCGCACGUUUUGCUGGUGUCAUAGAGCUUUUCCCUCAAAGUUCUUGUCCUGUCUUCUGUAGUAGAGCGGAGCGGAGAUAGAAGCUUGCUGCCGCCUGGUUGGCUGGUUGUCUGUCUCGUGUUGCUUCGACGACGCUACCGCCGUUCGCUGUUGAGAGAUUGUGAGAGCAAGAGAGCAUUAGCAUUAGAGAGAGAGAGAGGAACACGGAGACAGACAGCAAGGGGAGGGGAGAAGAGACCGAAGAAGCGGGGAGGAGGGCAGUGGGAGAAAGUUUCGAGAGUUAAUAGCGCACACGGGUGUGGAGAGGGCGAGAGUUAUUGAGAAGGAGAGGCAGAGGGCAGGACGUUCAGGCACACCGGGUGGCGCUCCUGCGAUACAACUUGUGUGGUUGGCAACUGGUUGUGGAUUGGUGAGCGGUAGGCAGGCAGGCAGGCGAGCAUUGAGAGUGGGUGAACAAAUCGGAGUGGGGGCGUCCAUGAAAUUGGUGAGGUGCGGAGUGAGGGACCGUGCGUGAGUGCAGGUGUCGUUCUUUCCUCGUGAAGGCAGUCGCGGAGGGCAAUUGUAUGUUUUGGUGCUGACGGGUCGUGCUGGUGUGCCGAGAAGAAGCCCUUGGGAGAGGUUUGAAUGCUUGGAAUCAGAGGACAGGAGGAGAGAGAGCGAAGACGACGAAGGACGAAGUGGCGUGAAGGCGGUGGAAUUUAUUUGAGGUCGCCCGAGGAGGCGCGUGUUGGGUGCGGUGGCUGUUGCUAAGAUUUUGAGGUUUUGAGUCGGCUGUCGGCGAGGUGGACAUAGACGGAGUGGUAGAUGCUGAGAUUUUGAAGGAAGCGUCACUCAGAGACUUGUCGCUCUACCUGCGAUAGAGGCGAUUUGUGCAUCAAUCUGUUCAAGAGAAGGAAGACGCAAUUUGUUUGACUCUGUUCCGACAGGAUUCGAGGAUUUCAUGAUUUCGCAAACUGAGUUGAAUGGCUGCAGGACGGGAUCUGAUUACAUGGACACAAGCAUGAGUAAUGGCGGGAAUGGUCUGGAUUCGCAGAGUCCCUGGCCUCCUAUCAUCGGUGCCAGUCCGGCACUUCCGUCCACCAGAACGGGCAGCCGGGCGAAAUCAGCUCCUUUCUCGAAGAAGCUUCUCAAUUUAUCAGCUCAGUUCCGGCGCUCGCUCAGUAACAUGGGCAGUAGCCGGAACCUUUUUGAGAAUGGGAAGAAAUAUCGGACAACUAGCUCGUUGAGCCAGGACCCAACCGGGGAGGAAAAGGUGAUGCAAGUUACCGAGAGGGUCCGAGGUUACGGUUACUCAGAGGAGAUUUGCCAUGAGCUUCGCAACCAUUUCGCUAGAUUACCAUUGCGGUAUACGUUGAACAUCGAUGCCCAAAGGCACGAAGAUGUCCUACUACACAUGAAUCUGCUUCGGGAGGCCUGGAAGGUUGAAGCAGCAGUUAGAAAUAAUCCUACUGGUUCAUAUCCUCUUCCACAAGUACACGUUCGCAAGGUUCAGUUAAUUUCUGGAGUCUCCUGGUUUGACACAGGUGACUUCACAAAUGGCGGGGAAAGCGUGUCAAAAGCGGUACCCAUUCCCAGGAUUCCCAAGCCUGCGUUUGGAUCUAACACCAAUCUUGCAGGCUUGAUGGUUGGUGGUAGCCCUAGAGUUCAUCCAUCAUCUGGACAUUCAAAAUCUCAGUCGACUCCUCCUUCUUUGAAGACGCUAACGUCUCCAUCUGUGCCUGAAGUGAUUCCUCGCCCGACGUUUGGGUCCUUCGUAAACCCCUUAGAUAUGGAGGAAGAUAGUGACCAGGAGGACUCGUAUGGUUGGGAGAUAACUCUGGCCACAUCAGAUAGGCGUGGCCUUCUCAAAAUAUUUACAAAUGCGCUCAGUACCCUUUCUCUUGAUUUAAAUAUCAAGGAAGCCCAUGUUUUCAGUACUAAUGAUGGAAUGGCCCUUGAGGUUUUUGUCAUCGAAGGAUGGUCGGGUGAUGAGCCUGAAGAUCUCAAAAUCGCCGUGCUUGAAGCUUUGAACAAGCAACUCAGCACGUCCUUGCAAAGAGGACCAAGUAGUGACAUGGAGUUGAAAAACGCGGUCGAAGCACUUGCUUACGAAGAUUGGACUGUUGACUUUCAUAACCUUGUAAUUGGUGAAAGGCUUGGGGGUGGUUCAUCUGGUCGUCUGUACAGAGGACAGUACUUGAGCCAAGAUGUAGCUAUUAAAAUUAUCGAACUUAACGAACUUAACGUGGAGAAUGAGUCAGGGACACUUCGCUCUGUUCCUGCUGUGGAACUACUACAAAUGUUCAAGCAAGAGGUUUCAAUAAUGAGACUUGUACGUCACAAAAAUCUAGUGCAAUUCAUCGGAGCGUGUUCCUGUUGGCCUAAACUUUGUAUUGUCACUGAGCUCAUGGCUGGCGGGAGCGUUCGUGACGUAAUGCAGAGUAGAGGAGGUGGAUUAGAUCUACCAGCAGCUGUGAAAGUUUUGAGAGACGCUGCCCGAGGAAUGGAUUUUUUACAUAGGAGAGGAAUUGUCCACCGCGAUCUGAAGGCUGCAAAUCUUUUAAUAGACGAACACGACGUUGUUAAAGUAUGUGAUUUUGGAGUUGCACGAAUAAAGCCAGCUGUCUCGAGCAACCACGGAGUUGGCAAUUGGGCCGCCGAAAUGACAGCUGAAACCGGAACUUACCGGUGGAUGUCACCUGAGGUACUCGAGCAUAAACCUUAUGAUCACAAAGCCGAUGUGUAUUCAUUUGGAAUCAUGAUAUGGGAAGUUUUGACUGGUGAAGUACCUUACGCAGGUCUUACACCAUUGCAAGCCGCAAUUGGUGUUGUUCAAAGGGGCUUGCGUCCAGUGAUGCCUCCUUCGGUACCACCCAAGCUCGCUGGACUUGCCGAACUUUGUUGGCAUCAAAAUCCCGAGCAGAGGCCGGAGUUUAAUGAGGCAGUGACUAUUUUGGAGGAGCUGAUGAAACCCUCAUUCAAAAAAGCUCUCUUUGGCAAAAUGAAGUCGUUUGGUCAAAACCAUCAUGACCAACAUUGGAGUAUGUCGGAAGAUGAAGCUGAAGGUAAUUCUGAGGUCUACUACCACGUCUAGAGACCAACCCCCUUGAACCAGCCUUGUACAAGCUGCAGCCUAUUUAUUCAGUUUUUUCUCAGUCGGCCAGUCUGUCUCGUCUGAAAGAAAGCCACGUUCUCUACUGUUGCCGAUUAUCUUUAGGCGUUCCCUAUUAUUCACAAAUGUAUACUAUGUUAGUUUGUCUUCACUCCGGAAUAUUCAACAGAUUAGUCCUUCACUUGUAUAUUAGACAGUUUUGUUUAUACUUUGAGAAUGUAACAUAUUAGGUCAUUUAUAGCUACUUAGCGGCAGUUGGUACCUUACUGUAUACAUGCUCAAUUGUCAACAGGAUGGUACUUGUGGGAAAAUGGUCCAUUCAAUUGUGAAUUUUGGUGGGGGAGGUUAUCUGCAUGUUUUUGAGCUUCUAUUGGAGAUCACAUCAGGAAUGUGAGUGCUGGGAUGACUUCUUCGUAGUGGUGUAUCUUGUUCACAUAUUCAGGCGGUGUCUACUGAGUAGGUCAGGUUCCCUCGCCAGGGCAAAUAGUAAGCAGAGUGGAUUCUGUGUGCUUUGGACUAUACCAACGUAUUUAUGGCUGAGUAAAGGAAGUGUAUGUAAGAUGUGCUAAGUAGAUCAAAUGAGCAGAACGUAGAGCAGAUGUUUAAUGCACACGGAUUGGAGAAAAGAGCAAUUCACCCUCUGUAACGAUUGUAGUAUUGAGCGAGCUCGUCAGGCCUGUUGGAGAAGUAGUCUCUGGAGAGUAGCUAGGACCUACUUUUAAAUCUGUUUCGUCUCCUCUGCAGGGUAUGUUAGAGGCUUAGUUCCUCUGUAAUAUUCCAUGUAUAUUAUCUGAGUACAUCACCUGGUCAACCUUUACGAUGUAGGAAAAGGAUUCCACCUCACACAUGUGUCCCACUUCCAUCCAGGCUUACGGAAUCUUAGGUGUUUCUAUCUUGUCUUCUGAAUCAGUUUUCUGUGUUUUAAUAGCCUUCAAGCUAUGCCGUUUAACAGCCUUUUCUUUUUCCGUACCGAAAGGCAACUACCAUUGCUUUAGAAGGUAGAAGCUUGCCUUCUAUAUUGUAUUCAGCCAUGCGUCAAAUAUCGUGUAGGUUACGAAGAUUUGCUGCAUCAAUGGAACUGUACACUGGUCUCCUAGAACUUGUUUAUUUGUUAUUGUGGUGAUUAGAGAGGCACGACGUAAGAAGAGACUUUGCUAUGUGCACCAAGCGAGAUCUUCCGUACACAACACCUGGAACCAUCCGGAUACAAAUACGGUCUUUGCAGCCGGAUGGUUCCUGGUAGCUUUUAGCGACAGGUAUCUGAACACAAACUUUCUUAAGACGAGUUAACAAAGGCAGUGGGAGGAAAUCCUGUUGUGAUUGUGCGAGUGGGAGAAUGUGACAAGUCUCGUAUUCUUAAUAUCACUACAGCCUUGUGAGUAGUACACAGCUGUCUAACGGGCUAUACUGCAGCGGCGAGCUUUCCAACGAUCCUUUGUACAAAUUAAGAACAGUGGUGUUUAGGUUGUGGGAACGACUGGAAUGCGGAUUUUAUUCGAAAGCUUCUACUCCAAACAUCUACAGUGCCUUACAACGUUGCAACAAAUCAGCUGUGCGAGUCAUGUGAGCUGAAAACUUCUGUGUAUACGAAAGAAAGCUUGCGGAGUCAUCAAUUCGGUGUAAACAUGUGGAAUCAUACUUGUGCUUUACGUCAGUAAAAUCCUACAGGCAAAACUUCGCAGCAAAGAACCUAAUCUUCAUU